CAAGUGAAUUUUGUUAGCUUGACGUUUGACAUCGCGGCGCAUGGCCAUUGGUGUCCCAAAGGGCCAUGACGCAGUCUGCAAUGCAACUGACAAUUACAAUUCCGGAGGGUGCAGCACCUGGUUCCAUUCUAUCCAUCCCUGUGAAGGGCCGUCCAGAGAAUGUCAAGGCAGUGGUGCCUGAGGGUUAUGGACCUGGAGACGAAUUGGUCUUGAUGCAGUUGGCGGGCACUGAUAAAUGGGUGGAGGAAUCUGUGCUUAAGCAAGCCGAGCAGGAUGCGGCCAAUGCUGUCUUCGGUGAUGUGAUGUCUCCUGAAGCUUUGGUUCCUCCUGGGAUUUCCUUUCCAGAGGAGGCAGAUCUUGGCCCCUUGAUGCCCAGUAGCCCUGUUGCACACACAGUUCGCCUGGAUACCACCAUCGGAAUCAUAGACAUCAUCGUGCGACCGGAUUGGGCGCCCUACGGAGCCCGCCGCUUUCUCCAGCUUGCAUAUUGUGGCGACUUAGAUGGGCUUGCAUUCUACCGUGCUGUCAGAGGAUGCUUGUCCCAGUUUGGUCUUCCAGCCAAGAGGCAGUGGCCUCCUUUGCCGGACGACCCAAAGACCGGUGUGCCCUUUCUGCUUGGAGCAGUGUGUUUUGCUGCAGCGGGGGAGAAUUCACGCAAGUCGACGUUGUUUAUUUGCACCGGGGAUAUGUCACACUGCUUUGGGGGAGAAGCCUGGGAAACGCCAAUUGGAGCUGUUGCUGAAGUUUCCCUGGAUACGUUGGAGCGCAUCGAGACGUGCUAUGGAGACAUUGCUGAAUGCAAUGGGAGUGGUCCUGACACCAGCCGAAUUCAUGCAGAGGGUGAUGCCUACUUGGCGGAGAACUUCCCAAAACUCACUUACAUCAGAACCGCAAAAUGCCUUGACUGGCCUUUGGCACGAGGAGCUUGCCCUGAGGUGCGCUCAGACUUGCCUCCCGGACAAAUGGAGCAAAUGCAAUCUGGGCCCGUGUGGGGCUCUGACCAGACUGCUGAGGCUGUCAGAAUACAUAGAGAAGCUGAGAAGCCCGCUCAAAUGGCUCAAUUGGGAACAAGACUGAUGUCUGGCGGCUGGAAAAUGAGCCUUGGCAAGCUGUACAUGGAGCAGGUGAGAGGUGCCCCAAGAGCUGUAAGUUCAGGUGUUACAAUAAAUACGACUCCGUGUGCUGCUCAGAUGGCACAAUCACAGCAGGCACACAUUAUGCCUUCCCCAAUGGUUCCUGGGAUGUCAUAUAAGCUUCCUGCUGACAGGUCCUUUGAGCUCCAGGCCCAACAACAAGCACAAAUGCUGAUGGCCGCAGCUGCCGCCCAGCCUGCAGAAGCACCACCUGUGACCACAUCGAGUUCGGUUCAGUUGGUGCCAGCGGGACCUUUCCCAAAUGGGUCUUAUGUGCCUCCACGGAGUGGGUCGUACGUACCGCCUAUUUCCUCCAUUUCCAUGACGCAACCGCCUGUGACACUUAGCAUGCCAGCAAUAGGCCCUCCGCUUGGACAACCUGGUCUUUGCUCACAAUCCGUGAUGGGGCCAUGCGGCUGCACUACAAUGCCACCUGUGCGCCCAAGAAGCUCAAGCUUGCAGGCGCCUCCUGGGCCUCCAGGGCCACAACCUCUUGGGUCGCCCAGUCCUUUGGGCUUCUCUCUGGGCCCGGGGCCGCAACUGGGAUCUCCAUCCCCCUUGGGCCCCUUGGGAUCCAAUGCGGGCGGACCAAACUUUGCAGCUCGGGAUCCAAUGCCCUUCAAUUUCCAAGGGCUGCAAAUGCCACAGUUGCAAAUGCCGACCCUCGGGUCUUUGCUCCCUGGCCCAGCCAUCCCGACUGGUGGCCGCCCAAACAUUGUGCCAGGGAUGUUCGGGCUAGGCUCGCCUGCCUAAGCGGUGCUGGUGUCGCAAUUUGCUUGCAACCCAAAACGGGCUGUGUGAGCCAGCUGUACGGCUAAUGUGGAUGCGAGGACAGCAGGAUAGAUUAAUUAGCUGCAGCGGCAGAAAGA